UUGGGGUGUGAGAAAGGUGUGGACGCAGUCAUAUUUCACGUAGUAUUUGCCGCUGACUCAACGAAAUAAUAGCACACCUCUUAAUUGCUUAGCCUACGUUUGUCAGGGGGAGUGUUUGGAUAUACAUAAAUCACAAUUGUAGGAUUAGGAUACCGUAAGAGAAAAUCGGUCACAGUCAAGUCCAAGGUUCAAGUUAUUGGUUAAUUCACUUGUAUGCGGAGAGUCUCUUGGAACAUAAUGGACACUCAUGCGAAGGCAGGACAAGUUUACCUUCAACACCGAAAUGUAGAAAAGAAGUGGAAGCAGCUGUGGCUGGCUCUCUACCCCUCCAGCCGCUGCGGUGUAGCCAGGCUAGAGCGCCAGGAGAUGGGGGGAGGAGAGCGGGCCGGUGCCUCUGUGGUCUGGAAGCACCAGGACAAGGUUAAGGAGAAGAGGGUGAUCCGCCUGUCAGAGGUGACCAGGGUCCUGAGACUGCCCCCACACGCUGAGGCCUGCCCCAAAGACAACAUGGCCGCAUUCUGUGUGGAGACAGACGGCAGGAGGUACGUCUUCGCGGCGGACAAGGACGACUGCGUGGAGUGGGUGGAGAGGAUGUGUGACAUCACCUUCCAGGGACGCUCCACUGGUCAGCAGCCCCAGCUUCAGAUGGAGGACAACCAGAUAUACGUCUCCAGGGAGGAAGUGAGUGAGUUCAGGGUGGGUGUGAAGCAGACGGACGCAGCGGUGCGCUGCGGCCUCCAGGGGGAGUACUAUUGGCUGCAGGUGGCCCAGGAGGGGCUAGUCCUGAAGGAGGCAGAGACCAGGAAGAGUUUGCAGCACUGGCCCUUUCAGCUGCUACGACGCUAUGGCAGAGACAAGAUGACAUUCUCCAUCGAGGCGGGCCGGCGCAGUGAGUCUGGACCCGGAACCUUCACCUUCGAGACUCGCCAAGCUGACGACAUCUUCAAUCUCAUCGAGACCGCCAUACGGCAACAGAAGGCCUCCGUCUUCGUCGGGGAUGACCGUGAGGGCGACACUGUGGUUGCUAAGCGUAGCCCUAAUAUGCCUCGUGCUCGUUCACCACUGCCCAGACUGCCAGAUAGCGCAGCCAUUUUGGAGGGAAGCUACAGUUUUAGGCCAGUAUUUUCAAAUGCUAUUGGCUCAGAGCAGUGUGUGUACUCACAGCUGCCUAAUUUGAUUGGCUCUGAGGAGUGUCUGUACUCUGAGCCAGCAGACAGCAUUAAACCCAAAGCCCCCGGCCUCAACUCCUACCUGACCCCCCCAACGUCCUCCACCCUCACCCCCUCUAUCCCUUUAUACCCCCGCAAUCACCAUGGUAACCGAACGGAACCAGUGUACGCCGACCCAGCAGACAUCCUCUCCCUCAUACCCCCAAGAUCUACACCACCACCACCGCCCACUUCCUCUUCCUGUUCUCAUCACCACGGCAACGAGACUGAACCAGUCUACUCCGAGGUGUACGACCAUGUGAGUCCUCUACCUGACCAGACUCAACAACAGAACCAGAACCAGGGAGGGCAGGAACCUGGAAAAGCGGAACCCAUCUAUAGUGAGCCCUGUGUGGGGACCCCAGCCAAGGGCCCCAACACUGACCCGUUUCGCCACCUUUACAGCCAGAUGUAA